AAACUGAAUUUUAUUUUUAUUACUUGCAGUAUUUAGACUUCUGAAGCCAUGGGAGUGAAGGUUCAGAGACCUCGUUGCUUUUUUGACAUAGCCAUCAACAAUGUACCCGCUGGAAGAGUGGUCUUUGAGCUGUUUUCAGAUGUGUGUCCAAAGACAUGUGAGAAUUUUCGCUGCCUUUGCACAGGUGAAAAGGGUACAGGAAAGUCCACCCAAAAGCCAUUGCAUUACAAAAGUUGUCUGUUUCACAGAGUUGUGAAAGAUUUUAUGAUCCAAGGAGGUGACUUCAGUGAAGGUAUGACGUGA